GACGUGCGUUAGGAAGUGUGGAAACCAAAUGACAAGCGCAUGGACAAGCAAAAAGGCACCAAAAGGCCGAAAGGCCGCCGGAGACCACGUGUCAACCAUACUCGUAUGGAUUCAAUGCAUUAAGAGGCGUGUUCUCUCCACGCUCCCUCCCACAUGAUCUUCUCUCCCGCCACACACGUCACGCACUCUCCAUCGACACCUUACAAAAUUAACUACUAGGUUUUCGCAUCUUAACCCUAAUUUCAAUCUCAAAUCCUUUUGAUUUUGCCUCAUAAAUCUCUCUGAUCUCUCCUUCUUUGUAUCUAAAAUUUUUCUAACUUCUUCGGCCUACUUCGCUUGUCAAGUUGGUGUUCUGUUUUGACAGAUUCAAUUCACUGGAACGAGCAUGGUUUCUGAGGGUUCUCCUUCCGCGUCUGAUGAGGUGAAUGUAGCAGCAGAGAUUACUGAAAAAAGCAUAUCUCAAUUCUUGGAAUUGAAAUUGAGGGAUAACGAAUAGCAAUAUGGACUGAAGUGUGGUUACAGUUUAUAGUAGGGGCUCUAUUGGGAAUAUUGUUAACACUGUAGAAAGAAGAUGGGUGCAUUAGUAAAAAUCUUAGGCUGCAAUGGUGAACAUUCAAGUCUUGGAGAAAAAAACCCUUAGUAGAAAAGCGCUGAAGGCUUGGAUCUUUUCCAAAUUCUUUCUCCCAGGAUCUUGCCACAGUGGGUUCAGUACUGGUCUCUUACAGGGGCUAAAACACUCAAAAACAUGUUUUGUGCUUGUUUUGUUAUGUUUAAUCAUUAUAUGCGUUUUCUGAUACGUUGCAGCUAUUGUUUGUUGGCCAGUUGUAGAUCCGUUGCCUGCAAAAUCCAAUUUGCUUAUGGUGCUACACGUGAUACAUGCUUAUUUGGCCCUUUAGUUUGUGGCGGAAAUUAUAAUUAUAUAUGAUGUGUUUCCAUGGUAGGAAUAAAGGGAAAGUUCCCAAAAGAAUUCACAAGGCUGAGAGGGAAAAACUAAAGCGUGAGCAAUUGAAUGAGCUCUUCCUUCAACUAGCCAGUGCUCUUGAACUGACUCAGCCAAAUAAUGGGAAGGCCUCCAUAUUGUCUGAAGCUACUAGAUUGUUGAAGGACCUGCUUGGACAGAUUGAGGGCCUCAACAAGGAGAAUGCAUCUCUAUUAUCUGAAUCUCGCUAUGUGACAAUUGAGAAGAAUGAGCUGAAGGAAGAGAACUCUGCUCUAGAAACUCAGAUUGAGGGAUUGAAAAGUGAGCUGGAAGCAAGGGUAUCCCAAUCAAAACCUGACCUGAAUGUGCCUCCUCCUGAGUUUCACCAUCCCGAAUUGACACAACAUUUCCCAGGAGAGUCUCUGAGGUUACCUGCAGCAGAUGCUACAUUGCAGCAAGCACAAGCUGUUAUUGUCGUCCCCCUCCAUCCUGAACUCCAAGGUUAUCCAGUGACCAACUCAAAUGUGAGUAAACCACAUGCUAGAUAUCCAACGUCUACAGAUUCAUGGCCUUCCCAACUUCUUGAGGAGCAGCUAAGGGGUAGGAAAGAAGUUCAAUAGCGACCUUGGCAAUACCCUUUGUAGAGUUUGUAUAUUGCUUGGAGGAAGUGAAUGAAGGUAAAAUAUUCUGUUUUGGCUUGGUUGGGUUAGUUACCAAAUUCAAAUAGUUUUAUUGGUAGGAUUAAAAAAAUAUCGUAUGACGAGCAGGACUAAACAUUGUGAGAAAUGGUAGAAAAUUGGAUAACCCCCUUAUGGGAAUGCCUGACCCUGAUCAUAUUUUCAUUGACCGUAGUGGUGAAAUCAGUCUUCUGUCUUUAAUGGAUUUCUUUUUCUUCUUCA